GUAAAUUUCGAUAGUUAGCAGCAGAAUCAUGGAGUCUCAUUGCUCGUUCCUGUGAGAUAACAGGGACUCCUAGCAAGAACAUGGCAGACGACGUACCGGAUUUUUUCGGGCCUGGUGGUGCGGACCCCUUCGCUAGUGGCGCCGCAUCGACUGGCCCACCGGCCGCUGCCUUCGGAGCACAGCCUCAACAACCUAAUAAUGGCGCGCAGCAAGGUGGGGCAGCACAGCCAUCAGGUGUCGCACAACAACCGAUGAUGCCUCCUGGUGGACAGACGGGGCUUCAGUUUUCUGCGUUUCCGACAGAUGGCGGUGCUAACCCACCGUCGGUGAGCGACCUACAAUAUGCAGGACCCACGAUUCCAAUGGGUGGUCCGAAUGCGGCACAACCGAUGACCUACAAUCCGAAUCUCGGUUCACCUAGCAACGCUUUUGGUGCACAGCAAGCGGGCUUUCUUGCACAAAACAAUGCACUCCCGAUUGCCGGCGACAUGCAACAACAGCAAAUGCAGAUGCAACAACAGAUGCAGAUGCAACAACAGCAGCAAUUUCAAGGAGGACAGCAAUUUCAAGGAGGACAGCAAUUUCAAGGAGGACAGCAAUUUCAGGGAGGACAGCAAUUUCAAGGACAGCAAAUGGCAAUGGCGAAUGCAGGAACGGAACCUGUAAGCGACCGCAUUACAGGAAUGGCAGGCAAGCCUCCACUGGAGAAUGCUGCGCCGAAUCGUUCUUGGAGAGCGACAUUCUUAUGACCACGCGUUUGAUUACGUCGUACUCAUAUUAUCGCUAUAUGACCACACGUUUGAUUACGUCGUACUCAUAUUAUCGCCAUAUGACCACACGUUUGAUUACGUCGUACUCAUAUUAUCGCUAUAUGACCACACGUUUGAUUACGUCGUACUCAUAUUAUCGCUAUAUGACCACACGUUUGAUUACGUCGUACUCACAUUAUCGCUAUAUGACCACACGUUUGAUUACGUCGUACUCAUAUUAUCGCUAUAUGACCACACGUUUGAUUACGUCGUACUCACAUCAUCGUUAAAAUCCACCUCAUGGGAAGUCGUAGGACAAUUCCGAACCGACUAACAUCAUCAUAAUCCACCUCGUCCUCUUACACUUCAAGCUCAAAUAUCAGGCUCAUUAUGAGUAGUGGGGAGUAGUUCUAAAUGCAGAUCCGUCAUAAUCUUCUGCUCUCUGUCUUUGUUUCCCUUUAUCUUUGCUUCUCUCUAUCCCUCUGUUCGUUGUGGUACUAAAAUACUGUCAUAAAUAAAAUAUCGAGGACUUGCGACUCUUUUGAUUAUUGCCACAUGCACUGUCCAAUUUCAGUCUCUUACUUUAGUACAAAGGAGCGAAUUACUUUGAGUUGUUCAUCUAGGUACUUACAGAUCAUUAUUUAUUAGUCACAUGUUAUAAUUCUCGAGAAAUAAUAUUAAAGUUCUUUUUUUGUCUAACGUCUACCUACUUAUUCAAUUAUAUUAUAUUCGCACACGGCGCAUCUUCAUCUUCUAAUCUUUGGGCAUCGAAGUGAGCUCAAAGUACCGCAGAUCGACUCGGAUCCGACUGGGCUAGAGCAGAUGAAGCAUAGGGAAAACGCGGAGUUGGGCCACCUGACGCGACUUCGGCUUCACUAUUGGGAUCCGCAUCUCACGUGGAAAAAAAUGCUCUUCACCAAAUCGCAAAGCUCUCAGCCUUAUGAACAUGGAUUUCAUAAUGAUCAGAGAAUACCCGUAGAUAGGACGGGCACAGAGAAUACCCGUGACAUGACAAGGCUCCUUCCUCGGUAGCUAUAAGCUAACACUAUAACAUGGAGCGAACAUCAUCCAUGACGAUUGUGUACUAUAAAUUCAUUAUCACGAAGAUAAUCGUCGUGUACUAUAAAUUCUAAUUCAACACCAUGAAGAUGAGAGGUGAACAUGGGCUGGUUAGUUUUCGUUUGACUUUCUUUCUCAAAUCAAUUUUGGGAGCAAAAAAAUCAAUUGUAGGUCUCACGGUGCACAACUUGUAUAAAGUGUAGUAGGUCCCGAAGAUGUAGUACCUUCACGCUCGUUCUUGCACUGAGACGAGGAAUCGAUCUCAAGAGAUGUCGACACUUUGGUAGAAAUACGAUGCAUACCCAUCCCCUUCGUGCUAGGACUAGAAGUAGGACAGGCGCCUCCCUUGCUGCAACAUUUUUCAACGGUAAGCCCAAGCCCUAAGCGACCCUAACGAGGGAUCUGCUCCAAUGUUUUUUUACUAGCUUAUGAGCUUUCUUACCACGAGACGCUCUCUAAAGUAGCGACGUUGUACGGAAUCACUUGCGACAACGAAUGUUGAAGUUACGAUUACAUCGAGUAGACGGGGUGCAGGAUACCAAACCAGCGUUAGAAGCCAAAGUUAAGUCCACAGUUUGGAGUACGAAUUUUUUAUCCCAGAAGAAGUCUGCACUGAACUUUGUGCGAGCCCGGCAGCUUCGCGGAUAAACAUGCAAGCUCUUCCCUUUCGGAUAAGCACGGCACUACAAAAAAAAAAGCGAGAUUAAUUGUAUUGUAUUGUAUGACUGGAGUGCGGAACACUUUACUUGAUUGUGAACAUUUUAGCUGAGAAGAUGUGUCCCAGAGCUGGACCUAGAGGUUUGAUACCUCUAUUACUUUUCUUGCAGCAUCUUCUUACUUCGUUUUGCGCAUUCUAUUCCCAAGGAAGUAUGUCUAAGUAUAAGUAAUUACAGAUAACAAGCCAGGUGCCGGGGGGCUUUGAUGUGCAGGAUUCCGAGGCUAACCUAACUUUCUGCAUGUUACAACGAGAACCAAGCGCGACAAAUUUUCGGGGUUUAGUCCAAUGUAGCUAUUCGUAUUAUUUGGAGUCCUAUUCAUAGAUGCCUAUGUGCGAGAUUCUGAUAAAGCCUCCAUUACGUCUACCCACAUCUAAAAAAGUAUCCACACGGCCGUUCAUGCGGGUUCACGUGGUAGAUUUAGCGAGUCGGGGACAGUGGCUUAGAAAAGCUCCUACGCCACCCGUUAUGGAUGUCACAUCUUCGGACACAAAUUUGAUCGCUUCAGCUAAUGUGUAAUACUACUACUAGUAGCGAGGAAAAAUACAUACAAUAGUAUUUACUUUCUAGUUGUUCAUCUGGAAAAAAAUGGUAGUAGUAGCUGUGUCUGCGGUGAUUCUCUUAAUAUUUCUAGUUGUUCAUCGCUAAUAGUAUACUACUCUGAGCAAUAACAAAAUGAGGGACCAAGAAGGUGGCAUCAUGAGCAUCCAAGUAAAUACGAUUGAUUCUACGUUUCCGAUAGUAGUUAGAUUGGUUCUAUGGUUCCGAUGGUAAUUCCGGGCUAGCAAAAAGAUUGCGUUUUGGAUCAGGAAUAUGUUUUUGCCUCGUCAAGAUAAACCCCAUAGGCUCACAGGUCGCCUGAAUGGGGCACAUGAAUGAAAAAUGUUAAGCCAAGUACUUAGUACUAUCAGCAUUUGCCCUUGCUUCAGGUCUAUUGAUGUAAAAAUAUCAGCAUCUUCUCUUCCUUCAUGUCCAUUGGAGGAGGAGCGGGCGGGACACCUUCAAUGCAUGACGGCGUUUUUACCUACAUGGCGAACAAAGGCGGCAAAUCGAACUUGCUCGUGAAUGCUGGUGACAAUCCGGAGGGACUGUUCCUACCACCAAAGGUAUGACUUACGUGUGGUUUUCUCGUAAAGGAACUCAAAUUUAAUUUCUGUCGAUCCGGUGCUCAAUGCGCAGGGCUGAGGCAGGAGCCUAUCUGAAUCUGAAUCUGAGACUAGUAGCUGUACUAGUCGCUUCACAACAGCAGCGUUUCCAGAAGAUGUUUGUAAUUUGUUCGGAGGCUUCGGAAUCAUGAUCUUCUAGCGCCACUUCUAACUUCUGCGGACAGUCCCGGGGUGGAGGACGACGCUCUGUCGGUGGGACAGCAGAAGGAGGUCUCUUUUGUGCGGCCGUUUGACUCCAUCGAUUGCCCUGGCAUUCAAACGAGGCAAAAAUCAAGCCAGAACUUCAAUAACAAACGCUCUAUGUUAAGGCCAGAAGUCUAGAGUAUUCGAAAACUCAAAAUAACCGAGUUACUGACUGAAAUAAGGGAGGCACUAGCUUAUAGCGCCAAGGCUACUCUUCCUCCUCGUCGGUAUUUCGGUUAUUCUGAUCAGUUCCUUGCUUAUUUCAGUUUUUAGACUUCUAGCUAGUUUGCUCAGAUAUAGCCUAGAAGGAGCUUCUGAUAGAGAAAGCCACCUUCUUCAAGAAGACACUAUUUAGGGAAAAGCCAUUAGACUGAGUCCUGGGAUUCUGUUUCGGCAUGCUCGUUACUAAGAAGGAACCUUUUGGCUGUAAAAACAAGGCAAGAUUAGAAUAAUGUCCUGGUGGUUGUAAAAACAAGCAGGAACCUGGUAAUCAUGCUGACAAGGCAACUUCAGAACCAACACGAGACAAUAAUGUCUGAACGUAGUUCCACGACCGCAGGAAAUGUAUCAUCCCGCCGAUGGCUAAGUGUGGUCGUUUGGCAUGCAGUAGGAUGAUUGUUCCAAGAACACUUCCGCGGCUCAUUGUGCAGCAUCCAUAGCACUAAAAUUCUUAAUAUUCUAAGGUCUACAUUAUGCUUACUAUCUAACAGCAGAUUUUGUCUUCAACUGUCCAGCCGACUACUUGAUGAAUCCGAACGUCCUUUUCCUGAUUGAAGUGCUCGAGAAGGCUCUACGAGCACCAUCGAAAGACCCAAACUUGUGGUCUGCGACGACGACGAAGGAGGCGGCACGGUUAUGUUGUUGGAGUGAUUUUCUCUUAAAAAGGUUUAGACAAUCUUCAACACAAGACAGUAGACGAGUUGGAUCUACGCCUGAACCUCAAGUAUAUUCUUCCCCUUAACCUCACUCUUCGCGUUCGCCUCGACUGUGACACUGAACUACUCUUACAUCUGGGUUCUAACGUGUGACAUAAAGCGAGUAGCUUGGGCUUACUUGCGCGCUGACCAGCUGUUUGCGUCCGGUGUAGAUCUUCCAUGGGCCCUCAACACGAAUCCCGGAUCAGAGAAUUAUCACGGUGCGACUGCAGGCGUGUAUCAGGAACUGCUAGACACAGCGAAUCUUUCAACACCGCCAAGACU